GGUUGGCAGGAGAGCCUACUCGAAGAAGAGGGAAAACUUCGGAUGUUUGACGUACCGUGUGAGAACAGGAGUUGAGCACAGAUGAGACUACGAGCUGUGAGAGUGGGAAUUAAAUGCAAGAAUCUUGGUGUUAUUUCCGCUAGCCUGGCCCAGUCUUCUGCUACAGCCUGUAGCAAUUACAUUCUCAGGUAUCGGUGCAAGCAAUGUCAAAUGUUGGCGGAUUCAAUCAGUUUUUGAUUAUGAAUACAAAAUUGCAGCCUUCAAGAACAAUGGAGGGUUACGAAGAUGUUAAAAGUAUCAGUUAUUCUAAUAACAAAAGUAAGAAAUCGUACAAAGUGGCAACGCGUUGUAUUUUCGUACAAGGCCACCAACCCGUACUGCUACACGCUCUUCUACUUCAAUUCAAGGCAGUUAAAACAUCAGGAACAAUUCCGGAGAAUCCAGUCCACAGGCAGCCCCAAGACGCUACGGUGGACCAAAUCCAGAGCCCACGGGACGCCCUGACGACAGCUCUGACCUUGAUAUAUAAUUCAAAUGUUCACUUACCAGCAUACAGUAUUAGUAGCGGCACUGCGACAGACUGAUCACCCGUCCAAGGAGUCCGACCAACUGUCUACAAGAUCCAUAGUUCCAGGUUAAUACUGAAUGGAAUAGGCCGGAAGGC